AUGGACGCCCUUGAGACGUACCAAACCCCUUUAUCGAGCCGAUAUGCCAGCAAGGACAUGGCAAACCUCUUUUCUCCUGCAAAACGUUCUCGGACAUGGAGAGAGUUAUGGCUAAACCUCGCUAUCGCUGAGAAGCAGCUCGGACUACCGAUCACCGACGAAGCUAUCGAACAGAUGAAAACAAAUCUGGACCUGACCCCGGAGCAGUUUGACAUUGCCGCUAAAGAGGAGAAGAAACGCCGCCACGAUGUUAUGGCACACGUCCAUACGUUUGGUCAAGUUGCUCCUGCCGCAGCGGGAAUCAUUCAUUUAGGUGCUACAUCCUGUUACGUGACCGACAAUGCGGAUUUGAUAUUCAUCCGUACUGGCCUCACGUAUCUCUUGAAAUCGCUCGCCGUCCUGAUAUCCCGGCUGUCUGUAUUCGCACAGGAUAACAGAGCCCUCCCAACUCUCGGCUUUACCCAUUUCCAGCCUGCGCAGCUGACCACUGUCGGAAAACGUGCGACCCUGUGGAUUCAGGAGCUGCUCUGGGAUCUCCGCAACAUCAAAAGGGCACGUGAUGACCUUGGCUUCCGCGGUGUAAAAGGCACGACCGGCACGCAGGCCAGUUUCCUGGCUUUGUUUGAUGGCGACCAUGACAAAGUGGAGGAGCUGGACAGACUGGUGACCAAGCUCUCCGGGUUCCCAUAUGCCUAUCCUGUCACCGGCCAAACGUACUCGCGAAAGAUAGAUAUCGAUGUGCUGGCACCGUUAGCAUCCUUGGGUGCCACUGCACACAAAAUCGGGACAGAUUUAAGACUGUUGGCGAAUCUCAAGGAAGUCGAAGAACCGUUCGAGACCACGCAGAUUGGGUCAUCUGCCAUGGCGUACAAGCGCAAUCCCAUGCGCUGUGAGCGUGUGUGCAGUUUAUCAAGGCAUCUGCAAGUGCUGCAUCAAAAUGCACUGAUGACGUACAGCGUGCAAUGGUUUGAACGGACGUUGGAUGAUAGUGCGAACCGUCGAGUGACAUUGCCAGAGGCCUUUUUAACGGCAGACAUUGUCCUCUCAACGUUGCGGAAUGUCUCGGAAGGGUUAGUGGUAUACCCCAACGUGAUUGCACGACGGAUUUCGCAAGAACUUCCGUUCAUGGCAACGGAGAAUGUGAUCAUGGCUAUCGUCAAAAAGGGAGGUGACAGACAAGAGGCCCACGAAAAGAUUAGAGUAUUGUCCCAUGAAGCUGCGCAUCAAGUGAAGAACCUUGGACGUGAAAACGACCUGAUCGAGCGCGUCAGAAGAGACCCAUACUUCGAUCCCAUCAAGGAUGAACUAGACCAGUUGCUAGAUCCAACGACAUUUAUCGGCCGGGCGCCAGAACAGGUGGACAGGUUCCUCAAGGAGUGGGUUGGGCCGGCUCUUGCGGACGAGGAGCUGAAAGAAGCACUGGCAAAGACUGACAAGGUAGAGUUAAACGUCUAAAGGGGUGUAAAUUACUGUCCAAGCGCACGUCGAACGUGCAUGAAAAAAAUUUGGUUCCAUCUGGUAUUGUAUUUGCCGGUUACUGUAAAUAACCCGUCUGCCGUUGGAAAUUGCAAAAAUAUUGUCGGUCAGCAGAGGCCGUCC